AUGUUGCAUGAGGGAAAUUAUUUGCCACGGUCUACUUCACAAGCUAAAAAGAUUAUUGAUGAUUUGGGCCUUACUUAUGAGAAGAUUGAUGCUUGCCCUAACGACUGCAUGUUGUUUUGGAAAGAGACAGCAAACUUAACCGUGUGUUCUACAUGUGGCCCUAAUGCACCUGGAAAUGAUAUUGACGUGUACUUGAAACCUUUAAUGGAUGAGCUAAAGGAGUUAUGGGAGGUUGGUGCCAACACUUAUGAUGUGUUUUCCAAUCAAUUUCGAAAUGAUGGACCUUCAUUUGAUGGCAAAUGCGAGAGGGGUCGAGCACCAAAGAUGUUGACCAGGACCCAGUGUAUAGCACAAAUGUCUAAUCUGACCUUUACCUUUGGGAAAUCACCACCUUCAGAAUCUGAAACUGAUGAUAUUACACGAAAAAAGAAAAGGAAAAGAAAUACUUCUGCUGCCUCCAAAGAACAAAGAAAUGAACGUAUCAGAAAAAUUUUGUAUACAUUGUUGGGCACAUCUAAAAGGACAAAGGAUGGACUUGAAGCUCGUGCUGACCUAGAACUUCUCAAUAUAAGGAAAGGUCUCCAUCCAAUUCGUGUGGGAGCUAGGACAUACUUACCUCCUGCAAUAUUCUCUAUGACUAAUGAAGAAAAGACACUAUUUUGUCGUGUGCUAUCGAAGGUGAGAUUUCAUGAUGGAUACUCAUCAAAUGUUGCGAGGUCUGUUGAUGUGAAGGAUCAAAAAAUACAUGGUUUGAAGAGUCAUGAUCAUCAUGUUAUAAUGCACCAAUUACUCCCGCUUGCGAUACGAAGGGUUUUGCCUAGACCUCUGACUCUUGUUUUGCUUGAGUUAAGUGCAAUCUUUAGACGGUUGUGCGGUAAGAAAGAAUCUGAAGCAUCAUUCAAGCAUUUGGAAUAUAGAAUUGCAUUGAUCGUAUGUUAUUUGGAGAAAAUGCUGCCUCCUUCAUUCUUUGAUAUAAAGGUUCACUUACUAGUUCAUCUCGCCCACAAGGCUGCUAUUGCUGGACCAGUCCAAUAUCGAUGGAUGUAUCCCAUUGAAAGGUAUUUACAAACAUUGAAACGAUAUGUUCGAAAUAAAAAUUAUCCGGAAGGAAGCAUUUGCAUAGGAUAUCUUGCAGACGAGGCUUUGGCAUUUUGCUCCAUGUACUUAUCAGACAUUGAGACUCGUCGUACUCGUCGUGGUCAUAAUGCCGAUGUUUCUACCCCUCGUGAAGGCUUGUCAAUCUUUGCAUACUCAGGUCGUUGUGUGGGUAAAGCCACACAAGUAGAUCUUGAAAGAAGUGCAUGGGAGCAAUGUCGAAAAUAUAUUUUGUUCAAUUGCAGCGAAGUCUCUCCAUUUCUAGAAAAAAGGAUGGCGGAGUUACGCAAAAUCUACCGACGGAAAACUGUUCGAGAAGUAGAGAAUUUGAGAAAUAAGGAAUUUCCUACUUGGUUCCAGAACCAUGUGAAUGAUUUGCAUGCAAAAGGCGAUUCUUCCGUAACGAAAGAUAUACGUCGACUUGCUAAUGGUCCUAAUAUGACUGUGAAACAGUAUAAAACCUGCAUUGUUAAUGGUUGUAGAUUCCGGAUUAAAUCGGUUGAUGACAACCAUAAAAAUCAAAAUUGUGGAGUCUCUAUUUCUGCACAAACCUUAAGUUAUUCUAGUGUGAGGGACAACAAUCCGAUUACCGGUAAUGUUGACUACUAUGGAGUUUUAAAGAAUAUUUACGAAUGUGAUUAUGGUCUUCCUGGAGAGCCCGAAGGUCAUGGAAAGUGGUGUUAUUUGAUUGUGAUUGGGUCAGCAAUUCUGGGAAGAAGCUUGAUAAUUAUGGUUUCACCUUAG